CCUGUCUCUUUGCCUUCUGCCCAACAUGGUGCGCAAGCUCAAGCACCAUGAGAGGAAGCUUCUUCGGAAGACGGACUUUAUGGACUGGAAGCGGUCGAACAACCUCCGUGAGAUCGAAGUCAUGCGCCGCUAUCACAUUGAGAAGCGGGAGGACUACAUGCAGUACAAUCGUGUUUGCGGUAAGAUUACCAAGCUGGCUAACAAGCUCAAGAGCGCGGAGGCCACCUCGGAGUUUCGGAUCAAGAUGACGGCGUCGUUGCUGGAGAAGCUGUACGAGAUGGGCGUCAUCAACUCGAAGCGCUCGCUGGGCAAGGCAUCGGCGGUGACCACGGCUGCGUUUUGUCGGCGGCGGCUGGCAGUCGUCAUCGUUCGCCUCAAGUUUGCUCAGAGCGUGGCAGAGGCCGCUCGCAUGGUCCGCCAGGGCCACUUCCGCGUUGGCACCAACGUCGUCACCGACCCGGCGUACCACGUCACCCGCAAGAUGGAGGACCACGUCGCUUUUGUCGACACCUCUUCCAUCCGCCGCAAGGUUCUCAAGUACAACGACAAGCUCGACGACUACGAUCUGCUUCUUUAGACUGUCUGCCGCCGCACGCCUCACCCCGGCUCACCCUCGGGCGCUGCCCAGCAUCCGGGCCUUGCACGUCCGGUCUGUGGUGCGUCUGCUGUCGCCACCGCCCUGCCUCGCCCGCUGCCGCUUCACCCAUCAACCUACAGAGCUCCAUCCACCCGCAACGCACCAUCCGUCCAGAUCGUCCCCCCUUGUCCCCACCUCCUGGGCUCGGCCCUGUCGCCGUCCCUUCCGAGAUCAAACGCAUCCUGGCUUCUC